ACCGAAACAGCCAACCCUAGAAUCGCUCGUUUCCUGUCCCUCCUCCUGUGUGCGGCGCCGCCGCUGCGCACAAGCCACAUCUCCUCACCCUCCUCCACAUCUCCGGCCAAAGCCCUCACUUCUCCGGCCCUCCUCCACAUCUCCUCGCCUCCACCCCAUCCACUUCCUGUCCAAGACUGUGGCAAUGGAGCUCGGCGGUUGCGGCCCUUCUCCAAGAUUGCAGCGUGGUGCUCGGCGGCUGCGGCAACGGAGCUGAUGGAGCGCGAGCCGACCAGUUCAACGGAGGCGGUAGCACGGGGCAGCGGCAGCAGCAUGGAGGGCGUCCGCUUGACUGGAAAGGUACAAAUGUUCUUGAUGCAGUUUCAGUACGUGUAUGCAGUUUCAGUCUUCAGCAAUUUGUCUCGUCCAAAUUUAGGAGAGGUCCCUGGUAAAUGGCUCGGCAAAUGCAUAUAUCAUACGGGGUUAAGAAAAAAGAAAGUAUUUGUUGAUAGUGAGAGUGAGGAUAAUGAUGGGGUGAGUGAGGAUGGGGAAGAUGCUCCAUCCAUGCAUGAUCAGCAAGAGGCGCAAAUGCAAGUGGAAAAAGAGACGCAAAUUCAAGUGGAAAAGGACACACCACCAACAGAUGGCAAUUUGGAGACCCGUAGAUCUGUACGGCUUGUCAAGAAGAAGACCAAGGGCGUCAACAGCCUAUACCCGCUGCUUAGAAAUCUGCUGGCAAGUAUCUUCUUUCUAGUGUUUUAUGAUUCAUGAUAAUUGCUUAGAAAAUUUUAGUUACUUGGAGCUGCUAGUUUCUUAGAUGUAUAAACUUUCUAUCCAUGCCUAGCCUUCUUGUCAUGUUAAGCAAUGUAUUUAUGUUGUCCUGAAAUGUUACCACUUGACUAUUGUUGCACUAGACACCUCCCUGUUAGUCCAUUUUAUUUCAUUAUGCACAAAGUGGAAGAAGAAAAUUCUGAUGUUGAACUACAUCUAUCCUGAUCCUUUCUUUGUUUUCUCUAUACGAACUAGAAAUGCCACAUGAAGAACUAAGGAUAUCAAGAAGCUUUUGGAUGUAUGCAAGCUUGGAGCUGCUGUUUUAUAGAAAUGACACUUGAAGAAUAACCAAGGAUAUCAAGAAGCUUUUGGAUGUAGGCAAGCUUGGAGUUGCUGUUUCAAUGUCAUGCUUUGAUAGUUGUCUUUUGGAGCUGUUGUUUCUAUGUGUAAUACUUUAAGUCUGUUGGCUGUACCGGACUAUUUAAACUCUGAACUAUGCUGUGAUGGUUGAACUGAUGUUGGAUUGUUAAGGGUUAUGUUGGAGGCCACUUUAUAACUAAUGUGUGCCUGUUAUGUUGGACAGAUGCAGUUUUAUUAAUCCCUAGAGCUUAUUUGCUGAAAUUUACAUGAUCAAA